AAUGGUAUAUAAGGCUGCCAUUUCCAUAUUUGUGGAAACUUUUAAAAUGUUAGUCCAAGUAAUUCUUUUGGACUCAAUCCUGCUGCUGGCGAUCGUGUACCGUACGAGUGGGGCGACCUACGAACUUUUGGUGGCUGACGAGAGCCUCUUUAGUGAUUGCCCGAGCCAAGCGAAAGGCACUCUCAAUCAGCACGGCAUGUUCGACUUUUCCAACUUUAGCUCCUCGAUGAAUCCGGACGGUGUAACCAUCGCUGGCAGCAUGACUUCCGUGUGGGAUAUCCAACCCAAAGAUCGUGUAGAGAUGGCCAUUAGCCUUCUCUAUUUGGACAGAGGCACCUGGCAGCCCACCGGCUUCUCCAUGGUGUCGUCGGACUUUUGCGGCAAAAUGUACGACGAUAAGCAGUACUGGUACAAGUUCUGGUCGGGACACAUAGCAAAUGUCAACGAUGUCAGGGAUAAAUGUUUCCAGCGUGGUACAAAAUUACUGAUGGAGACGUACCUUCUGUCGCUGAAAGCCUCCAUCAUGGGACCAAUGCGCAGUGGACGCUACAAGGCCCAGAUCAACUUCAAUGCCUUCGCUGAGGGAGGGGCGAAGCGUCCACCGAACAUCUGCUUCGAGAUUGUUGGCGACUUGUUGAGAGUUUAAAUUUUAAACUAAAAUUAUGUACGAAAUUUAUUAUUGGUGUGAAGCGUACAAAUCAUAAA